AACACUCGAUGGUGUGAAUUUCAAUUCCGUACAUAAUUCUGCUUUUCCAUCAAUCAUGUCGACGACCCGUGUAAAAACGAGAGAAACCAAAACUGGAGAAAUAAUAGCGUACAGUGAUACCGCCAUACGGAACAAUGCAUCCGCAGUGGAGUACUGCCGUACCUCCAUGGCAGCAUUAUCGGGCAGCACCGCAGGUGUUUUGGGACUUACCGGCAUACUAGGUUUUCUCUUCUAUGUGCUAGCGGUCCUAUCCUUGUGGCAGAUGUUGCUACUGAAAUCAGGCUCCAAUUGGCAGAAGUAUUUCAUCAGCCGGAAAAGCCUACUCACCCAUGGGUUUCUGAGCGGUCUGUGCACGUACGUGCUGUUCUGGACGUUCCUGUACGGUAUGGUGCACGUGUACUGAGGAG